AUGUCGUCCUCAUCCCCAGCUAUACCACGCGUGUUCCCUACAUCAGGAUUCGAUAUAAUUGAUGCGGCAGAUCCAGUCGAAGAAGAGACCCUACCCUCGUACCGCCCUGAAUGGUAUUAUCCUGUUCGUCUCGGGGAAGUGCUAGAUGGUCGAUACCAGGUGCUGGCGAAGUUGGGUUACGGCGUCACAUCCACCGUGUGGCUUUGUCGCGACUUAGUGUGGGUCUUCGUGCGUGGUAUCGACAGAACCCACGAGCUUGCUAUAUACAAUCACAUAAACUCAGUUGAAACGGAUCAUAUGGGAAAAUCUUUCAUUCGCCAGUUGCUUGGCCAUUUCCAUGUCCGAGGGCCCUCCGCCGAGCCACAUCUAUGUCUCGUUCUUCAACCAGCCGGGAUUAGCGUCGACCAAUAUCUCGGUUUCUUCUCUGAAAAAGUCAUGACCCUCCAAGAUUUGAAGCCAUGUUUGCGACAAGUUUUGGGGGUGUUGGACUUUCUCCAUACCGAGGCCCACAUUAUACAUACUGAUCUCCAACUGAAGAACCUUUUACUGCCUGCGGGUGACGCGAAAACUUUCUCAGAUCUCGAAGAGGCAGAAAUAGAAGAUCCAUCGCCUAGAAAGAUCCUGGACAACGGCCGGGAGAUAUAUCUGAGCCAACUGCCCAUUCCAGGGAAUGGGUUGCCAUUGCUGAGCGACUUUGGCGAGGCUCGGUUCGGCAACGAAGUGCAUAAUGAAGAUAUCAUGCCCAAUGCAUACAGAGCACCCGAGGUUGUUUUGAAGAUGAACUGGGACUACAAAGUUGACGUCUGGAAUGUUGCAAUCAUGGCUUGGGAUAUAGUUUGCCGCCGAACGCUGUUCCAAGGCAAAAAUAGUGACGGGAUUUUCGAUGACCGAGUUCACCUGGCGGAGAUGGUUGCAAUCAUGGGCUCUCCUGUUGAUUUUGUCCAGAGGAGUAGCGUCGGCUCUGUGUUUUGGGAUGACAACGGAAAAUGGAAAGAUCUUGCACCAGUGCCUGAGAUAAUUCUCGAUGUACUCGCAGCUGACAUUCAAGGAGACGGCAAGGAGGGAUUUUUGGAAUUUAUGCGAAGAGCACUUAAAUGGGCCCCCGAGGAUAGGCCGACUGCUAGGGAACUGCUGUUUGAUACAUGUCAAAGGCGGUGUGCUGGGUUUCACGUGACCAUAUUCUGCCGGAGAAAGUCUGCCCACAACACGAAAGCCAAACCAAACAUCAUCGCAACCAUCACAACCAUCGCCAGCCUUUGUCGGGCUCGAGGGCAGCAGCAGCAGCAGCACUUCACCAUGGCACUCUCCCUCGGACGCACACCGGGCUUCACGCGGCAAAUAAACUGUACCGCAAGCAGAAUAUACGCCGCCAACAGUUCCAGUUCGCAACAACUCCAGCAGCAACAGCGAUGGUUUUCUCAAAGCUUGGCUCCCCAGGCCAAAGGGGUGGAGGAGUUUAUGCCGGUCAAGCGACCACUAGAAAAAAGUCUGAAAAUCCGGGCCAAGGAAUUGUCUAUUGAUAGUAUGCCUACGGACCUGGGCUUGCUUCCGGGCACGUUUAUCAGGCCCGAAGGGAAGAAUAUGCCGUCGAUCUUUCGCGAACCGAGAGACAGGCUGCGCAUGGAGUGGGUGGGGUUGAAGCAAUGGUUUCAGAAUGUUGCUGGAACGUUUGCGUAUCACAAAUACUUCUUCCAUGGCCUCCCUCUAGAACUCAAGGCUCGACGACAAGAGGCUAUGCGACUUCACCAACAGAUGUGCACGGAAUUCGCGCGCGGUAACCAGGACGCCCUCAAGCAGAUUUGCUGCACCGGCCUCGCCAACAAUCUCAUCCGCCGCAGCCGCGCACGCGGACCAGGCGAAAAAGUCUCGUGGAACCUACUCAAAUACAACCGCACCCCGUCGACCUGGUUCACCGGCGUUCACGUGGUCCAGGACCGCUCAACGCAGAUACCCGAGGUCCCCGAGUCGGGCGUCCGGCAGGUCAUUGUUCGAAUCGCCAGUAAACAGAGUACACACACGUACACGGAAUAUAUUGACCAGGCCACGAGACAAAGGACCCUUGUUCCAUCGCCGGAGAAGGUGCAGGAUUGUACAGAGUACGUUGUGAUUCAGAAACUGCGCAUCAAGGGUGAAGAGAAACCGUGGCAGGUUUGGGGGUAUGCGACGCCGACGACGGUGGACGACCUUGACAGCCCGUUCUUUUCGAGUGAGCUCACGGUCAGAGAGCGGUUGGAGAUGAUGCAGGAUAUGGUGCAGGGCAAGCGGUAG